AUGACAAGCGGCAAUAGCAGCACAGUUCCAAUGGAUGCAUACAAGCCGCUGCAUCAUAAAUCUUGUUCAUCUACAUCAUCAACCCCACCACGUUCAGCUUCACCCAUAAAUAAUCAGGAAGAUAGUUUUCGUCGAAUGAUAUUUGAUAAAGUUGACGAAGGUAAACGUGAUAUGAAUCCAGAAAAAUGUCGACAGAUAUUAGAUGAUUUAAUGAAAAUGCUUAAACAUCUUACAGCUGAUGUUAAUAAUUAUAAUUUAGCAUUUCGUGAAACACGACCACCAUUUUAUAUGCAGGAAUUUCAACGUUUAACUGAUCGUAUUGAUAUAUUAACUAAAGCUCGUGAUACUUUAACCGAACAUCUUCAUGAAGUUGAAGAUCAAAAUAUUGAAUCUGUAUUUCCAUGUUCAUCAUCAAACAAUGAUGUAUCAUCCAUAAAUAGUCAAUCUCAAUAUCAAUUACAAUAUUCUCCACCUGAAAAAUCUCCUCAACCAUCUAAAUCAUCUCUAUCACCAAAUCAAUUUAAUUCCAAAGAUAUAUUUAUAAAUGAUUAUUCUACAGCAAAUGAUCCACAAACAAAUUAUCAUUUUUAUCCAUUAACACCACCAAUAUCAACACAGAUUUCAUCUCAACAAACAGAUUAUUUUAAUCAACGUUCACGUAGUCCAAGUACAGCACCAAAUAAUUUUAUUCGUGUUCAUUUUCCAAAUAAACAUACAACAGCUUUUUCACCACGUAAUGAUGAAACACUUGAAGUUGCACUUGAAUCACGUGCCUUAAGACAUUCAGUGACUAAUUUAAGAGCAUAUACACCUGUUUAUAUGAUAUCGAGACAACCAUGUCCAUGGGAUAUAACACUUGAUCGUGUAUUAGAAACAGAAAUUGAACUUGAAGAAAAAACAAAACUUGAUCAUUCAUUUGAAAAUAUCUCAACACCUCGUUUUAAUGUUUUUGGUGUUCGUUGUGUUGUCUGUCAUCAUCGUAUUCGUGUAACACAUAAACAUUGUGUUUCAUGUGGAAAUAAUUAUCAUAAUCAUUGUUAUAUGAAAGCACCUGUUUGUUCUCAUCCUAUUCUUCAACAUAUCAAACAUCUUGGUCCAAAUAGAUCUGAUAUGGAACGAACAAUGUCACAAACAAAAAGUAAAGAACAAUCACGUAGUUUACCUCGUAUUCCAUCAAUACGAACCGAAACAAAUUCGAAUCAUGGAGUUGCAAUAUCGAAUGGUAAACAAUCAACGAUGAAUAUGCCAUUAUCAGUUUCAUCAAAUUCACUAUUUCAACAAUCAUCAUUUCCAUUAGAAGCAUCGCAUAUUUAUCAUAUGCCUCAUUCAUCAUUGACUGUCAAUGGAUCAAUGAUAACUAAUCUUGAAACUCUUCGACCUAGUAUGACAAAACCAUCCAGUGAAGGAACUAUUGAUGUUAAGAAAUCAGCAUAUAAACUUAGUGAAUGGGAAAUUCGACCAGAAGAUUUACUUAGUCGUGGACGUAUGGUUGGUCGAGGUACAUAUGGAACUGUAUAUAAAGCUGAAGUACGAUUACAUGGUUCAGUUGCACUUAAAGAAUUAAAUUUUGUUUCACCAACGCCUAGUCAAUUUCAAGCAUUUCGAAAUGAAGUGAUUGCAUUAAAAAAAAUUACUCAUCAGAAUACAUUAAAUUUCUUAGGUUAUAUUCUUUCACCUCGUUUUGCUAUCGUAACACAAUGGUGUGAGGGUUCAACACUUUAUAAACAUAUACAUAUUCUUGAUCGACUUUGGAAAAUUAAUCAAUUAAUUGAUAUAGCAAGACAAUUAUGCCAAGGAAUGUCAUAUUUACAUGAUCGGGGUAUAAUUCAUCGUGAUCUUAAAUCAAGUAAUGUGUUUUUGGAUAUGAGUGCUGAAACCGAAAAUUCUGGAGCUUCUUGGCGUGUUAAAAUUGGUGAUUUCGGUUUAGCAGCAAUGAAAACUGUACUUGCUGAAGGUGUCAAUCAACAAUUUCAACCAACUGGUUCAGUUCUUUGGAUGGCACCAGAAGUUAUUCAACAAAAAGAUCCAAAUUGUUAUUCUACUAGUGCUGAUAUAUAUGCAUAUGGAUGUGUUUUAUUUGAAAUGUUUAGUGGAAAAUUACCACAUACACCACUUAGCAAUAAAGAACAGAUAAUGUGGCUUGUUGGAAAAGGUAGAUUAAAAUUAAAAGUUGAACAAUGUCGUGAUGAUACACCAAGUGCUAUAACUAAUCUUAUACGACAAUGUACUGAAUAUGAUCAUGAAAAACGACCAAAUUUUGCACCUUCAAUUGAUGAUACAUUAUCAAAAUUUGAUUGUGUAUUACCACGUAUACAACGUUCACAAUCAGAACCAUGUUUAAUACGAACACCACAUGAUGAUUUACUUGGUUUAUCAAUGCAUUUUGCUGUACCAAAAACUCCAGUUUCAAUUCAUCGACGUUUCAAUGCUGAAGUAUCAUGA